CCGCGCAGCCCCGACCGCGGGUGGCCAGGGGGCAGGCGCGCCGGCUGCAUCCCCAUCCUCGGCGUCGCCCGGCAGAGCGCGCGGGCGGCCGGAGCGCGGCGGGCGGAGCGCCAGGCCGGCCAUGGCCACCACCAGCACCACGGGCUCCACCCUGCUGCAGCCCCUCAGCAACGCCGUGCAGCUGCCCAUAGACCAGGUCAACUUCGUGGUGGGCCAGCUCUCGGCCUUGCUGGCGGCGGUCUGGUUCCGAACCUACCUGCACUCGGGCAAAACGAGCUCCUUCGUGAGGCACGUGGUGGCCACCCUCUUGGGCCUUUAUCUCGCGCUCUUCUGCUUUGGAUGGUACGCCUUACACUUCCUGGUCCAAAGCGGCAUUUCCUACUGUAUCAUGAUCGGGAUGGGCGUGGAGGCCAUGCACAGAUAUUGUUUUGUGUUUGCUUUGGGAUACCUCAUAGUGUGCCAAAUUACUAGAGUCUAUAUCUUUGAUUAUGGACAAUAUUCCGCUGAUUUUUCAGGCCCAAUGAUGAUAAUUACCCAGAAGAUCACUAGCUUGGCUUACGAAAUCCAUGACGGGAUGUUUCGCAAGGACGAAGAGCUGACUCCGUCACAGAGAUACCUGGCUGUGAGGCGCAUGCCGAGCCUGCUGGAGUACCUGAGUUACAACUGUAACUUCAUGGGCAUCCUGGCCGGCCCCCUCUGCUCGUACAAGGACUACAUCAUAUUCAUUGAAGGCAGAUCGUACCACGUGGCACAGCCGGACAGAGACGGCAAAGAAGAGCCGCCCGGUGCCAGAGCGGAGCCGUCUCCCAACGCGGCGGUUACUCAGAAGCUCCUGGUCUGCGGGCUCUCCCUGCUGGUGCACCUGACCGUCUCCAACUUCUUCCCCGUGGAGCACAACAUCGACGAGCACUUUCAGGCCACAGCCUCGUGGCCGACCAAGGUCGUCUAUCUGUACGUCUCCCUUCUGGCGGCCAGACCCAAAUACUAUUUCGCGUGGACGUUAGCUGACGCUAUUAACAAUGCCGCGGGCUUCGGUUUCAGAGGGUACGAUGAGCACGGAGAAGCUCGUUGGGACCUCGUUUCCAAUCUGAGGAUCCGGCAGAUCGAGAUGUCAACAAGUUUCAAGAUGUUUCUCGAUAACUGGAACAUCCAGACAGCUCUUUGGCUGAAGAGGGUGUGCUACGAACGCGCCACUGUGAGCCCCACCAUCCAGACGUUCGUCCUGUCCGCCAUCUGGCAUGGGGUCUACCCGGGGUACUACCUGACCUUCCUGACCGGGGUGCUGAUGACGUUGGCCGCACGCGCGGUGAGAAGUAACUUCAGGCAUUAUUUCACCCAGUCGCCCCGACUGAAAUUGUUGUAUGACGUGGUCACGUGGGCCACCACGCAGGUGGCCGUGAGCUACACCGUCGUGCCAUUCGUGCUGCUCUCCGUAAAGCCGUCCCUCACCUUCUACAGCUCCUGGUAUUAUUGCCUUCACAUUGCCGGGAUCUUGGUGUUACUGUUGCUACCAGUGAAAAAGACUCAAAGAGGAAAGGAUACACACAAAAAUGCGCAGCUCUCACGAUCCAAAAAGUUCGAUGAGGCAGCGAGUUCUUCGGGACAGAACAGUUUCUCCGCCACAAACAGCGUCUGCAGCCAGGACCGGGACGCGGCCUCCAGACACCCGUCUCUGGACCAGUGACCAGUGACGGGGACGACACGCAGCGGCUGCUUUUCCUACCUUAACAGAAACCAGUCUUAGCACCUUCUCAAGGGUCUGGGUUUGUCUGGAGAGAGAGUGAGUUGGGGGGGGGGGGUCGGACAGUUGUCGAUGGGGAACUUCCUGUGCGCACGCUGGGAAGGGAAGGGGGGCAGAAAGAGCCCUCCCACGCGCGUCCCCGGGGGCCACGCCUCACACAGGACACUCCCGUCGUUUCAGAGGGCUCGGGGCUGCGGCCCACGGCAGCGGGGGCACGUGGGGGCCCUGCUGCCCAACGUCCCUCAAGUACCCCAAGGCGCUGAAGAGGUGGAAAAGGAUGGUGUCGAUCUGGGUGACGGAGAGAAGUUAACUUUCCCAAAUGAGUGUCUUGCCUUAAGCCCUCUGUUUCCUAAACUGUGGUCCCUAAAUGGUGUUUGUAGGUGUGCUGCUGUGAGAGCUCUGUUUCAACAUUCGAUGUUCUAGGCUACGAAGGAAUUCUGGGGGAAAUCAGGGCAUUUAAGAUUGUGGAUGGUUUAAAAAUGCAAUACACAUCUCAGUACUCGAAGGGUUUUCUUCAAGUAUCUCAGAUCACUACAGCAGGCAGCGAAUCCGUAAACAGUGCGGACGCCAAAUUACAGGGAGCUCACUGUCCUGGAGAGUUUAAUUACUUUGUCAGUCAGAGAGCCCUUCAAGGAAGAAUUUCCUAGGCAUAAUCAGAGAUUGGUAAAGCGAUAUUUCAAGCUCAUUUUCUUAGAGGAGAGCGAGGAGACGGCGGAGGUGGGCCGGCAGGCGGGAGGGCGGGAGCCGCAGGGCGCCGCGUGGUGGUGGGCGGGAGCUGGGGGCCGCAGGAGGCAGCGCGGGCGCGCGGCAGGUGCCGGGUGCUCAGCGAAGUGCUUUCCUCCGGUAUUUAUCUGGGCUUCUGUGAUUUGUGAGAUACAAAGGUUUAAUAACUUUUUAAUACUGUGGGUCUUAAAUGAAGUUUAUCAAGCAUAAAUUAUAUAGGACUGCAAACGGAUGAUGGAAUCAAUAGUGAGAGGUUGCUUGAGGGUUUGAAAGAGAAAUCGCUGGGUAAGGCUACUGUCUGGCUACUCACCUCCUCCUCCUUGACCGUUUGAUUCAUAUUUGGGAAAGUCCUGGGGAAAUGAAAACUUAAUGUCAUUGGGUUUGAACCACGUUUUUAGAGAAUAAUAUAAAUUAGUUUCCAAACUCAACUUCUCACAUUAAAAUUUUGCUGUUAACUCUU